GCAGGGCAGGACAUGUGAGAUAGUCACAGUUUUCCAGAGAUCAGGACAAGAUCUAACCAGUCGCGCGUGGUCUCCGGCGCCGGAGCCGGUCAGCUCAGCCCAGCCCAGCCCAGCCCCGCGCAGAGCCCCCUCCGCCCCCGCGCCCAGAGCCCCGAGCCCCUUGAGGUGCGCGGGACGGGCAGCCGGGAGAAGCAGCUGCCGCGCUUGUCGCCGGUGCCGUCAGUCCUCCGCUCGCGCCGCCGCCCGGGCCGGGGGUCCGAGCCGCGCGCCCCCGGCCCCGGCCCCGGCUCCCGGGUGCCUGGGCCGGAUGUCCCGAUGAGAGAGCCGGCGCUGGCAGCCAGCGCCAUGGCUUACCACCCAUUCCACGCGCCACGGCCCGCCGACUUCCCCAUGUCCGCCUUCCUGGCGGCAGCGCAGCCCUCCUUCUUCCCGGCGCUAGCGCUGCCGCCCGGUGCGCUGGCCAAGCCUCUGCCCGACCCGGGCCUGGCGGGGGCGGCGGCAGCGGCCGCAGCGGCCGCAGCGGCCGCCGAGGCGGGGCUGCACGUCUCGGCACUCGGCCCGCACCCGCCCGCCGCGCAUCUGCGCUCUCUCAAGAGCCUGGAACCCGAGGACGAGGUGGAGGACGACCCCAAGGUGACGCUGGAGGCCAAGGAGCUGUGGGACCAGUUCCACAAGCUGGGCACCGAGAUGGUCAUCACCAAGUCCGGGAGGCGGAUGUUCCCCCCCUUCAAGGUGCGAGUCAGCGGCCUGGACAAGAAGGCCAAGUACAUCCUGCUGAUGGACAUUGUGGCUGCUGAUGACUGCCGCUAUAAGUUUCACAACUCACGGUGGAUGGUGGCUGGCAAGGCCGACCCGGAGAUGCCCAAGCGCAUGUACAUUCAUCCGGACAGUCCGGCCACCGGGGAGCAGUGGAUGGCCAAGCCUGUGGCUUUCCACAAGCUGAAGCUCACCAACAACAUUUCCGACAAGCAUGGCUUUACCAUCCUGAACUCCAUGCACAAGUACCAGCCGCGCUUCCACAUCGUCCGGGCCAAUGACAUCUUGAAGCUCCCCUACAGCACCUUCCGCACCUACGUCUUCCCAGAGACUGACUUCAUCGCUGUCACUGCCUACCAGAAUGACAAGAUUACACAGCUGAAGAUCGACAACAACCCGUUUGCCAAGGGCUUCCGGGACACCGGGAACGGCCGUCGAGAGAAAAGGAAGCAGCUAACGCUGCCGACUCUCCGCUUGUAUGAGGAACACUGCAAGCCGGAGCGUGACGGCGCGGAGUCCGAUGCCUCGUCCUGCGACCCUCCGCCUGCGCGUGAACCACCGCCCUCCCCCAGCGCAGCGCCCAGUCCCCUGCGUCUGCACCGGACACGAGUCGAGGAGAAGCCAUGCUCAGCCGACAGCGACGCUGAGCUGGAGCGACCAGGCGAGGAGCGCGCAGCAGCGCCCCUGGGCCGCAGCCCUACGCGGGACGCCAGCCCCGCUGCUCGUUUGACCGAACCCGAACGCGCCCGGGAGCGGCGCAGCCCGGAGAGAGUCAGCAAGGAAACAACGGAGGGCAGUGGGGACGGCCCGUUUGGCCUGCGGAGCCUGGAGAAGGAACGCGCCGAGGCCCGGAGAAAGGACGAGGGGCGAAAGGACGCGGGCGAGGGCAAGGAGCCUAGCCUGGCGCCGUUGGUGGUGCAGACAGACAGUGCGUCCCCACUGGGUGCGGGCCACCUGCCCGGCCUGGCUUUCUCCAGCCACCUGCACGGGCAGCAGUUCUUUGGGCCUCUGGGAGCUGGCCAGCCUCUUUUCCUGCACCCAGGACAAUUCGCUAUGGGCCCCGGAGCCUUCUCCGCCAUGGGCAUGGGUCAUCUGCUAGCCUCGGUGGCAGGAGGCGGCGGCAGUAGCGGAGGCGCGGGACCCGGAACCGCGGCGGGGCUGGACGCAGGCGGGCUGGGUCCCGCAGCCAGCGCAGCAAGCACCGCGGCGCCCUUCCCGUUCCACCUCUCCCAGCACAUGCUGGCAUCUCAGGGAAUCCCAAUGCCCACUUUCGGAGGCCUCUUCCCCUACCCCUACACUUACAUGGCAGCAGCGGCCGCUGCCGCCUCGGCUUUACCCGCCACCAGCGCUGCUGCUGCUGCCGCGGCAGCCGCUGGUUCCCUGUCACGCAGCCCAUUCCUGAGCAGUGCCCGGCCUCGCCUGCGCUUCAGCCCUUACCAGAUCCCGGUCACCAUCCCACCUAGCACUAGUCUCCUUACCACCGGGCUGGCUGCGGAGGGCUCCAAGGCUGCAGGCGGAAGUAGCCGUGAACCUAGCCCACUGCCCGAGCUGGCUCUCCGAAAAGUGGGGGGCCCAUCCCGUGGGGCCCUAUCGCCCGGCGGCUCAGCCAAAGAGGCGGCCAGUGAACUGCAGAGCAUCCAGAGACUGGUGAGUGGGUUGGAGAGCCAGCGAGCCCUCUCCCCAGGCCGGGAGUCGCCCAAGUGAGGGGUUCCUUGGCUGCUGCGCUGCCACACGGGCCUCCCAGGCUGGGCUGCCUGCCUCGGCUGCCUGGGACGUGUACGGCACAGAAUGGGUAUUUAUUUAAAUAAAGAAGCAAAAUCGGGCUUCAGCAGUCAGAAUAGAGCCUCGUGUGGCAGGUCGGGAAUCUGGGCCGCUUCCCUGGGACCUCAAGGAGGAAUCAGUCUACCUGCAACACGGUCGCACUUGGAGCCACUGGAUUUGAUUCAGAUCUGCUCGAGAGUCAACUACGGGGGGUACCUCCUCCUUUCAACAUAUGGGGGUGAAGAUGGUCUCCUUUAGAGUCCAACGUCCCUUCAGAAGCCAGAAUGUGCAUAGGGCAGAGGUGUUCGCUUUAGACAGUAUCCCACUGUCCCUGGCCUUGGGCCGGGAUGUCGUGAGAAACUGGGGUGGAGGAUGCUGGAGCCAGAGAAACCUGAAGUCAGUGUAGACUUGAGCUAGGAGUCCUGUCCGUUUGGUCUUCCCACCUCCACCUAACCAGAGACAGGCGCCACUCCUACUCCUCCUGCUCCUGGGUCAGCGGAGGAAGUUGCACUUCGGCUUUGAGUCCCCAGGGGGCAAAAGAUAUUUAUGAAAUAAAUGGUAAUUUGUGUAAAUAAGCUUUAAGGUUCACAGAAGAUGCAAAUUCGUAUUAAUUUAUUCAAAGGUGUACAUUACUGUGUACAUAUAUUUAGAGAUUAACUCAUAGCAUUUAAUUUUUUUCAUUUUACAUGAGCAUCUAUAUUGUACAGGGCCCCAGGAUCCUUGGCUGUUGGGGAAGGGGGAGGCACCGAACCCCAGGGAAGGCCCACCCCACGGGCCUCUCAGCCUCUGCGCCCCGGCUUUGCCCGCCCGGCCCACGGGCCCCACCUCAGGUUUUCACUUUUUGCUCCAGAAAGAGAAUGAAGCGAGUAAAUAAUAAAACGCUACGAU